AUGAUCCAAUUUAUGAACAUCGCUGCGGAAGAUCGUGAAGACAGCGCUAUCACCCAGGAGAUCAAGAUUCGCGUCUGGUGGACUCUAUUCAUGGCAGAUAACUGGUGUUGCUCGAGUCUCGGCCUUCCCCGUCAAAUGAAAGACUUCCCCAGACCAGCCCGCUUACCCCUGGAUGAAAGAGCUUUCUGCGCGCUAACCCCUCAUCAGCCGCCUUCUGUCCUGGAAUCAUGCGGCAAUCCGGGCUUAUGGGCGCACAUGCUAACGCUUGUGGAGUUUUUCGCCCCGAUUCAGGAACUCAAUCGCCGGAUAGUUCAGGAUAAGGACCUGCAGCAGUCCCAAAUUGAGCAGGAUACGAGCCGGUUAGCUCAACAGCUGGAGGAGUGGCAAGAGAGACUUCCGGCUCAUGCUUGUAUGAGUGAAAUCAAUUUACUUAGCCACGCGGGCUGGGGCACGGGUGGGCCUUUUCUCGCGCUCCAUCUGGGCUUCCAUCACUAUGCAACGUUGCUAUAUUAUCAAUAUCUAGACACUCAGUUUGUUCCAACAGCUCAAAGUCUUUUAUUUGCAGCUCGUUGCAAAUACCAUGCGCGAAGUUACAGCUCGUUGCUCGCCCGCGGGCGACAACAAGCCAGAUGCGAAGCGGUAUAUCCUACUGUCGGCCAGAUGACAAUCGUAUCAUCAUCUGUCCUCCUACAUACUCUCCUUUUUGGGGCCGAAGAUGAAUUGGUGCAGUCUCGUCACUGCCUACAAACCAACUUCGAGGCGCUACUAGAUCUUGCGCAAUAUUGGCCUUGCGUAGAGAUAAUGGUAUUACCACUCCUUUUCCCAAGUAUUAAUUUAGGUGAAUAUUUUCACUAA